AUGGUCGACACGAACGUUGCUGGCAGUCUCAAACGACCCAAUGAUGACGGUACGGAAGGCCAGGCCCAGGAGGACACUACUCGGAGCAAGCGUGCGAAGACUUCUUUCUGUGAUGUCCGGCCUGAACGAUCCGGCGCCCUUCGACAAAGCUCCGAGUUCUACUAUCCAGACGGCAAUAUCCUCGUGAUAGUCGAGGACGUGGUAUUCAAUCUCCAUAUAUCACGAUUGAGAAAGUAUUGCGACCUCUUCCCGCCUCAUGAUCAGUCGUAUGGUGGACUGGAGAAGGACCGGAAAUCAAAGUCGGCGACCAGUGCGGCCGGAGUGCCAGUUUGCCAAAGCGAUCUCACCAUCGCAGAUCUCAUGCCCCGCGCGGCGAAUACGGCUGGUUUCAUCAAAGAAGAAGGCUCGCAAUCCGCAUCUUACAACACCAGUAUAGCCGUAGCGGAUGGUCAAUCAAAUGCCGCAAACUCUACAGACGCAAAAUAUGAACUGGAGGACAUCAGUGUCAAGGACUUUACCGAAUUCCUUCGCUUUUUCGAGACUCCACUUCUCACACUCACUAUGCCCGAAGCUCCCACGCAAAGUGUCUACUUGUCCCUGCUGCGCGUCGCGAACAGACUGGGAUGCGAGCCGAUCACGAAUUAUGCCAAGGGCCGCCUUCGUCCUAUGUGGCCUAGCGAACUUCUUGGACACACGUGGAAAAUAGGGUUUUUGGAGGCGACCACCAACAUCGUCGCCGCGGCGCGCGAGUUCAACAUGCCAGAGCUCCUGAAAAGAGUGUUCUACGAAUUUCUUUGCAACCCCUCCUUCUGGGAGGCGAUCUCCGCCAACAGAAAGGGCGUAAACCUCGCUGACGCCGACCUCAUCAGGUUGUACCACGCCCGCCACGUCUUACAGCAGGAAUGGAACACAUUGGUCCUCACCCCGCCCAUGCCAGGCGAAAAAUGCCCUACCCUACUGGCAAAGAAGCCGUGCACGUUCAUCACUACUAAGCGGCGCAAGGUUUACUGGCGGUCGCACUUCGUCGACACCGGGGAGCUGGAGAAGGGAGGUGCGGAUCCGAUCGCCUACGCCGACAUCGUCCUAGAAGGGCCGUUAUCUAAAGCGCCAGACGAAACAUGGUGCAAAGCAUGUCUCGACGAGAGGACAGAAGUGUGGCAGGCUGCAAGGAAUCGGUGGUGGGAUAUGCUGGAUGGUCUCUUCGAGAUCGAGGUUGUGGACGCCGAUGUUGAUGGCAGUGUGGUGUAG